AUGCAUGAUGCCAAAGUUCCAUGGGAAGAGGGCGAGCAGAUUUGUGUUGAGUUGGGUGGGGUGAUGGUUGUCCCUCAAUCCAAAGAAGAGUUACAACACAUCCUCAACAUGUUCAGCUGCGACAAAUUCUGGAUUGGUUGCAACGACAUUCAAACUGAAGGUACCUGGGUGUGUUUGGAUGGUGAAGCUACUAUUGACGUGCAGGACAAGAAAUGGGAGAGUGGUCAGCCAAAUAAUUGGGGAGGCAACCAAGAUUGCGCCUUGGCCCGGGUUUUAGCCAGGACUGCAGGCUGGAACGAUGUGGAUUGUGGAAACACACGCAAGUUAAUCUGUCAGCGUCCAGUACGAGCACUGUAG